UCGGGCGCCUUCAGCCGGGAGGCGCGGAGCCGCUCCAGCCGUCCUGCCGCCGUCCGCGCGGGCCGUCCGUCCCUUCGGGGCCCCCGGGCCCCGGGCCCGCGGCUCCGGGGGGCGGGCGGGGACCCCCGGGGCCCACCGGCCGCCCGGGUGGUCGAGGACGCCGUCUGCCGGGCGCCUAGCAGCGGCCCCGAGCCCCUGCGCGGCGCGCGCGGCUCCGGAAGCCCGGCCUGGGGCGUACUGGGGCCGAGGCGGUGGCCGGGCCCGGGAGCCCCCGCCGGCCGCGGAGCUGGUGGGCAGCGCCGUGUGGCGCGUGGAACGCGCGGGGGCCGGGGGCUGGCGCUGGGAGCGCGCCGUCGGCGUGGACUGCAGCGCCCCGGAACCGCGCUGCCUCUGGCUGCCCUGUCUCAGCCACAGCGACCGCCGCGCGCCCGGGCCGCGCCGGGCCAGGCUGCCACUGGGCCCAAGAGAUGGGUGCUCUCCUAGGCGCCCCUUCCCCUGGCAGGGGCCGAGGACGCUGCUGCUGCACAAAAGUCCCCAGGACGGCUUUGGCUUCACUCUGCGCCACUUCAUCGUGUACCCACCCGAGUCGGCUGUGCACUGCAGCCUGAAGGAGGAAGAGAAUGGAGGCCGUGGAGGAGGACCCUCCCCCCGGCACCGCCUGGAGCCCAUGGACACCAUCUUUGUCAAGAAUGUGAAGGAAGACGGCCCUGCCCAUAGGGCGGGGCUUCGCACAGGAGACCGGCUGGUAAAGGUGAAUGGGGAAAGCGUCAUUGGGAAGACCUACUCUCAGGUCAUAGCUCUGAUCCAGAAUAGUGAUGACACUCUGGAGCUGUCUAUCAUGCCCAAGGACGAGGACAUCCUCCAGCUGGCCUACUCCCAGGAUGCCUACCUGAAAGGGAACGAGCCGUAUUCUGGAGAGGCCCGCAGCAUCCCAGAGCCACCCCCGAUCUGCUACCCCCGCAAGACCUAUGCCCCUCCCACCCGGGCCUCCACCAGGGCCACUAUGGUGCCUGAGCCCACCUCAGCACUGCCCAGUGACCCCCGGAGUCCUGCUGCCUGGAGUGACCCGGGGCUCCGUGUGCCACCUGCUGCCCGUGCCCACCUGGACAACUCUUCCUUGGGGAUGAGCCAGCCCCGCCCCAGCCCUGGUGCCUUCCCCCACCUCUCCUCGGAGCCCCGGACGCCCCGUGCCUUCCCGGAACCUGGCAGCCGGGUGCCCCCCAGCAGACUGGAGUGCCAGCAGGCCUUGUCACACUGGCUGUCAAACCAGGUACCCCGCAGGGCGGGGGAGAGACGGUGCCCAGCCAUGGCCCCCCGGGCCCGCAGUGCCUCCCAGGACCGGUUGGAGGAGGUGGCUGCCCCCCGCCCGUGGCCCUGCUCCACCUCCCAGGAUGCUUUGAGCCAGCUGGGCCAGGAGGGCUGGCACCGAGCUCGCUCAGAUGACUACUUGAGCCGGGCCACUCGUUCUGCCGAGGCACUGGGGCCAGGGGCACUGGUGUCGCCCCGUUUUGAGCGGUGUGGCUGGGCUUCCCAGCGUUCGUCUGCCCGCACCCCCGCCUGCCCAACUCGGGACCUGCCAGGGCCUCAGGCCCCGCCCCCGUCUGGCCUGCAGGGCCUGGAUGACCUCGGGUACAUCGGCUACCGGAGCUACAGCCCAUCAUUCCAGCGCCGGACCGGCCUCCUGCACGCGCUCUCCUUCCGGGACUCACCCUUUGGGGGGCUGCCUACCUUCAACCUGGCCCAGUCCCCUGCGUCAUUCCCACCAGAGGCCUCCGAGCCACCCAGGGUUGUACGGCCAGAACCCAGCACCCGGGCCCUGGAGCCUCCUGUGGAGGAUCGCCGCGAUGAGGUGGUCCUGAGGCAGAAGCCCCCGACAGGCCGCAAGGUUCAGCUGACCCCCGCAAGACAGAUGAACCUUGGAUUUGGUGACGAGUCCCCAGAGCCAGAGGCCAGUGGGCGAGGGGAACGCCUGGGCAGGAAGGUGACCCCUUUGGCCACCACCGAAGACUCUCUGGCUUCCAUCCCCUUUAUUGAUGAGCCCACCAGCCCCAGCAUUGACCUCCAAGCCAAGCACGUCCCUGCCUCUGCUGUGGUCUCCAGUGCCGUGAACUCAGCCCCUGUCCUGGGCACCAGCCCAUCUUCCCCGACCUUCACCUUCACCCUCGGACGCCAUUACUCGCAGGACUGCAGCAGCAUCAAGGCUGGCCGCCGCUCCUCCUACCUGCUGGCCAUCACCACGGAGCGCUCCAAGUCCUGCGAUGAUGGACUCAACACCUUCCGCGACGAGGGCCGGGUUCUGCGGCGCCUGCCAAACCGCAUACCCAGCCUGCGGAUGCUCCGGAGCUUCUUCACCGACGGGUCCUUGGAUAGCUGGGGCACCUCUGAAGAUGCUGACGCUCCUUCUAAGCGACACUCAACCUCUGACCUCUCAGAUGCUACCUUCAGCGAUAUCAGGAGAGAAGGCUGGUUGUAUUAUAAGCAGAUUCUCACCAAGAAGGGAAAGAAAGCGGGCAGCGGCCUGCGCCAGUGGAAGCGGGUGUACGCCGCGCUGCGGGCGCGCUCGCUCUCGCUGAGCAAGGAGCGGCGGGAGCCCGGGCCGGCGGCGGCGGGGGCUGCGGCGGCCGGCGCAGGUGAGGACGAGGCGGCGCCCGUCUGCAUCGGCUCCUGCCUCGUGGACAUCUCCUACAGCGAGACCAAGAGGAGGCACGUGUUCCGGCUGACCACCGCUGACUUCUGUGAAUAUCUCUUUCAGGCUGAGGACCGGGAUGACAUGCUGGGCUGGAUCAGAGCGAUCCGGGAGAACAGCAGGGCCGAGGGCGAGGACCCCGGCUGUGCCAACCAAGCUCUGAUCAGCAAGAAGCUUAAUGAUUAUCGCAAAGUGAGCCAUAGCUCUGGGCCCAAAGCUGAUUCCUCCCCCAAAGGCUCUCGCGGCCUGGGGGGCCUCAAGUCUGAGUUCCUCAAGCAGAGUGCGGCACGUGGCCUCAGGACUCAGGACCUGCCCGCAGGGAGCCGGGAUGACAGUGCUGCAGCCCCCAAAACCCCCUGGGGCAUCAACAUCAUCAAGAAAAAUAAGAAGGCCGCCCCAAGGGCAUUUGGGGUCAGGCUGGAGGAGUGCCAGCCAGCCACGGAGAACCAGCGUGUCCCCUUAAUCGUGGCUGCAUGCUGUCGCAUUGUGGAGGCACGAGGGCUGGAGUCCACAGGCAUUUACCGAGUGCCCGGCAACAAUGCAGUGGUGUCCAGCCUACAGGAGCAGCUCAACCGCGGGCCUGGUGACAUCAACCUGCAGGAUGAGCGCUGGCAAGACCUCAAUGUGAUCAGCAGCCUGCUCAAGUCCUUCUUCCGAAAGCUGCCGGAGCCUCUUUUCACUGAUGACAAAUACAACGACUUCAUUGAGGCCAACCGCAUUGAGGAUGCGCGGGAGCGGAUGAGGACGCUGCGGAAGCUGAUCCGGGAUCUCCCAGGACACUACUAUGAAACGCUCAAAUUCCUUGUGGGCCAUCUCAAGACCAUCGCUGACCACUCUGAGAAAAACAAGAUGGAACCCCGGAACCUGGCCCUGGUCUUUGGGCCGACACUGGUGAGGACGUCUGAGGACAACAUGACAGACAUGGUGACCCACAUGCCUGAUCGCUACAAGAUCGUGGAGACACUGAUCCAGCACUCAGACUGGUUCUUCAGUGACGAAGAGGACAAGGGAGAGAGAACCCCUGUGGGCGACAAGGAGCCUCAGGCAGUGCCCAACAUUGAGUACCUCCUGCCCAACAUUGGCAGGACAGUGCCCCCUGGCGACCCGGGGUCAGAUUCUACCACCUGUAGUUCAGCCAAGUCCAAGGGUUCGUGGGCCCCCAAGAAGGAGCCUUACGCCCGGGAGAUGCUGGCGAUCUCCUUUAUCUCGGCCGUCAACCGCAAGCGCAAGAAGCGGCGGGAGGCGCGAGGGCUGGGCAGCAGCACCGACGACGACUCGGAGCAGGAGGCGCACAAGCCUGGGGCGGGGGCCACAGCGCCGGGGACUCAGGAGCGGCCGCAGGGGCCGCUGCCUGGCGCCGUCGCCCCCGAGGCCUCCGGACGCCUCAGUCCCCCGGCAGCGCCGGAGGAGCGGCCGGCCGCGGACACGCGCUCCAUUGUGUCGGGCUACUCCACCCUGUCCACCAUGGACCGCAGCGUGUGCUCGGGCGCUAGCGGUCGGCGGGCAGGCGCGGGGGACGAGGCGGACGACGAGCGUAGCGAGCUGAGCCACGUGGAGACGGACACGGAGGGCGCGGCGGGCGCGGGGCCUGGGGGGCGCCUGACGCGCCGGCCGUCCUUCAGCUCGCACCAUCUCAUGCCCUGCGACACCCUGGCGCGCCGCCGCCUGGCCCGGGGCCGCCCAGACGGCGAAGGCGCGGGCCGGGGCGGUCCCCGCGCCCCGGAGCCGUCCGGCUCGGCGUCGUCCAGCAGCCAGGAGUCGCUGCGUCCCCCGGCGGCGGCGCUGGCCUCGCGGCCCUCGCGCGUGGAGGCGCUGCGGCUACGGCUCCGCGGAACGGCGGACGACAUGUUCGCCGUGCGCCUGCGGCGGCCGCUGUCGCCUGAGACCCGGCGGCGCCGGAGCAGCUGGCGCCGCCACACCGUGGUGGUGCAGAGCCCGCUGACUGACCUCAACUUCAACGAGUGGAAGGAGCUGGGCGGAGGGGGCCCCCCGGAGCCUGCGGGCGCGCGGGCGCACAGUGACAACAAGGACUCCGGACUCAGCAGCCUGGAGUCCACCAAGGCGCGGGCCCCGUUGUCCGCUGCCUCGCAGCCGCCCGCCCCCGGGGACCUGGGGUCCCUGCAGAGCCAGCCCCCGCGCCGCUCGGCCGCCUCCCGCCUGCAUCAGUGUCUGUGAUCCCCACCUCACGCGCCGCUCGGGUGCCACCCCUCCCUAGAGCCCCUUGGGAACCAGGAGGCUUCCCAGCCUGCACCUCCUCUUCUGUGGCCCCUGGGUGCAUGGUGGGGGUGGAGGGCGCAGCAGGCCGUGUCUCUAGUUGGUGUGCUGGAACUGGCAGGGCAGAGGAGAAGGCUGGGGCCGGACUAAGUGAAUGGAAGGGGGUUCCAGAGGUAAUGAGCGGAAGAGGAGGGGGCGUGGGCUGCUGGGGGUCUGUGUCCCUGCACACCUGCGCCCGAUAGGUCCUUCUGAGCCUUUCUGUGGCUGCACUUGGGGACCCUUGUGGCCCCAUGGGGUGUGGCUAGGGAACCCCUAAGUUUCAGACUAAAGGAAAGAUCCUGGGUGAUGCUGGCUUUUUGCUUCUUUCUUCUGCCCUCCCACCUCAGCUUGUAAGUGGGGAUGUGUGUAUGUCUGCGGAGAGCGGGUGUAGGGUGCGUAUGUCCAUGGGGGGAGGAGCUUAUGUGUGCAGUCGUUGUCCCAAGGUGUUUCCAGUAGCGACUUCUGUCCCCCUACCCCCACCCCGGUCCCCACUUUGCCCCCCAGAGCUCCCUGCCUUUGGUGCACACAGGAUCCUGCCCUCCCCCCUUGCCAGAGCCCGAGAAGGGGGUUGGGGCCACUCCAAGGAGGCAGGACUGAAACCCUCACCAGGGUUACUCCCCAACAUCUUUUUGCCUGAGUCACCCUCUAAGCGCUUUAACCACGGGCAGCUGCCUGUUCCCCAGACAGUUUUGGGGGGGUCCAGGGUCCCCCUUGCUGGUACCUCCCUCACCCCUCUUUUUGUUCUUCCAUCCGUGCCUGUUCCUUCCACAGCCCAGGCACACAGAAGCCCACCUUCUUCCCCUUAGGAGGGGGGAUAGUCAACACCCCUGGUGUCUCUCUGCCACUCACACACUGAUUUAUGGGGUCUGAGCUGGGCUGUUCCUGCAGGAUGGACAGGACCCAGCGCCCUCUUCUUCCCACAGGCUGUAAAUAGACUUCCAAUCACCAGGCCAGCCCCCACACACCCUCACUCAUUCCAGGGAAGCCCAGGUAGGUGGUGAACCCGCUGCCACGUCUAUCAGUCCUCUUGUUUUAUGCAAAGAUUUACUGUAAAGUAGAUUUCUUUCCCUCCCUCCCCCAUCCUUUUAUUGUAAAUAUUGUCUCUAAAUGUGUAACAUAUUAUAAAGAAUUUAUAAGGAUUUUUAAAGAUGUUUUGCUCAUUUACAAAAGUGUUGUAACAGUGUUGGACAAAGCCUUCUACCCCAUGUCCGCAUGGCUCCUUUCACUGUGUCCUUGACACACCUCUCUGGCAACAACUAAAAUUUCCUGCUUCUGAAAAGUCCUGUCUUAAAAGUACAGUCUAUAUCUUGGAAAUAAAUGGCCUUCCUCAA